GUUUUUUGUUUUUGUUUUGAUUUUUUGGAAAUGAGAUUUUCUUGUUUGUUGUCAUUUAACUGAUUACAAUUAUGUCUUUUAAAUUUGUUCAAUUAUUGAGAUUAUCGAGUAGAUUAGUGGGGAGACGAGGAUUCCACAGAUCGACAGCUCUUUGUGAUCAACCUGCUGCUAAAUUCAUCGCUGGUUCUAAUGCUGCUCCUAAAUACAAAAAGAUAGAUCCUGAUAAUAAUUAUGACGAUCUUGAACCGGAGUAUCUCAAGAACGACAACUAUUUCAACAGGAUUUUCUUAACUUUUUUGAUUAUAAUCUUAUGCAGACAAUUUUGGAAGCGAAAUGAAUUCAUUAUGAUUCGAAGUGAAAUGGAAUUAGCUGAAUUCGUUACAGCGGAAAAAGAAAAACAAUUAAAAGCUUCUUAAAUGUCCUACAAUUUUAAUGUACCAAAAAUUAUCUGUUAUCUAAUGAAAUUUAAAAUUAGCUGUUGAAAGAUUCAAUUACUCUAAUUUAUGUUCUACAUAUUUAAUCAUUUCUUAAAAAGUAAAAAAUAAAUCAAAUUUUAAUUCAA